GAUGCUAGGGUAACUGGUGUCAGUCAGAUUGCAUUUAUUUAAGAGUCACCAACUAAUGUUGUCCAGGGUGCUUAGUUACCAAAGAUACACAGAAGCUGCCCAGCCUUCUAGCUUUCUGGGAGAAGUUUGUAUACUUUAGAAUGUGAUCUUUGGCAAUUUAUGAAAACAGGCUGGUUUCAGCAAACAAGUAAUGCCAUACUCUGAAAGCCAUUCUAAAGAAAUGAGUGGCCCCUGGGUUUCUUUGGCUAAUAUUUUAAGAGUGAAGGGAAGACCACUGAGUGAGGAAGAUGUGUGGGCACUGCUUUUUGCAGCUGCAGAGCAUAUUGAGAAGGAUGAUUCAAGCACAAGGAUCACAAUCUCGCCCUGGUCCCUUGUGCUUUCAGGAUCUGGGAAUCUUUCUUUCCAUGAUGUAUAUGACCCUGAAGCUGUUCCAUUUAGAGCACCGGAAAUAUUCCAAGAGCCUAAACAGACAUCUGAGUCACUGGUGUAUUCUUUAGGUAUGACUCUUUACUGGGCGGCAGAAUACAAUGUUCCAGAGCAUCAGCCUGUGGAUAUUGGACAGAAGUUACAUUCCAUUCUAAUUCCCAUGUGUGAAAAGAGUCCUAGGCGCCGACCCAGUACAGAAAUAAUUCUGCAGACAUGUAAGGAGAGGGAAAAACAGGCCACCUUGCCCUCCUCUGCUUUCUAUAUUCAGGGGCUGGUGAGCCCAGUUUUGGACAGCAUGUGCCAGCAAGUGGAAGAGUUUGCAAAAAUGCAGUAUGUCCAGAGCCAAAUGAUAAGAGAAAGAUUUCGACAGAAACAUGAAGGAUCCAUGUUAUUUCCUUCUACAUUCAUGGCCAGUUCUGGAGAAAGAUCUCUGCCAUGUGUGACACCUGACAAGACUGUCAGCAAUUUCCAUGACAGAACCUACCAUCUCUCUGUUAGCAGCCUUCAGAGUCCAACACACAGAACUGAAACCAAGGAACCGGCAGAUUUAUAUAAUUCUGUACAGAACCAGCUCUCUCCAUUCAGUGCAGCCUGCUCCAGUGGAUAUGAACCACAAUUCAAGCAUGUAUUUGGACAGAACUCACACCUCCAUCAAAAGAAGAUUAUUCGCCCUGAAUUUGUGCUAAAUACAAAGGAACCCCCUGUCACACUGGAGCUCCCGGCUAUGAUUGUAAACAAAAAAGGAAAGUCCUACCUGUUUCAGAGAACCCUUUAUGUAAUAAUUCCAAGUGGUCUUUGUUUAGAGAUAAAGUGCGACAUCAGAUCUCAAGUGCGAACAGUUCUUGAAUGUGCAGCAGCUUAUAUCAAACUUGAUCAAAAUCAACCUCAUUACUUUGGAUUGGCAAAUAUGACAGGAAAAGAAUUUUUCUUCUUGGAUGAAGAUGAUCUCUUAGAAAAGGUGGCACCUGAAGGUUGGAGCAAGACUUCCAAAAAGAAAGCAACCAUCGUAGCCUUUACUCUCUUUUUCAGGAUCAAAUAUUUUCUUCAGAAUUUCAGUGCACUAAAACAUUGUCCAAUGAUUCAUUUGAUUUACCUGCAAUUGCGGAAGGAUAUACUGGAGGAGCAGUUAUAUUGUAAUCGAGAGAUGGCCCUACACUUGGGGUCUCUGGCCCUGCAAGCUGAUGUGGGAGAUCAUUCACAAGAGUUAUAUAAAAUGGAUUAUUUUCAUACUGAAGACUUUCUACCACCUGGAGUUCUCGAAUCCCUAAGAGCAGUCCAAGAACUGGAACAGCUGCACCAGAGUCACUUUGGAUUGACAAGGGAAGAAGCAGAACUAGCAUUCAUUCAGGUGGCUCAGCAACUUCCAGAAUAUGGUGUAUUGUUUUACCAUGUGCUUCUGGAUAAAAAGAAAACCAGAAGAGGUGAUCAUACAUUGGGUAUCUGCUGCCAGGGUAUUAUUCUGUAUGAGGAGAGAAUGGGCAGUCGAAUAGCCAGCUUACGCUUUUCAUGGAGAGAGAUACAGACAUUAUCAUCAUAUAAAAAGAAAUUCACAGUGGUGAGCUGCUCAAGUGGUAAGAAGCAUUCCUUCCUUACAAACAGUAAGAAGACAUCCAAAUAUAUUCUUGACUUAUGCUCAGCCCUGAGAACCUUCCACACUAAUCUUAGACAACACCAACGUACAGAGGAGAUGUGGAUGCUCGGCACAGAGUAUAUAAACCCACAGUAUGAUGCCCAAAGGGAUCAGAUGAUGCAGAGAAUGUCUAGGUCAGAAGACCUACUGUGCUUUACUAAUGAUAACAACAUGAGAGGAAAGAUCCUAAGCAAGUCAUGUAACUUUAUAAAUGGGAAUGAAAAGACUGGUGAGGACACCAGUGUCUGCAGGGUAACCAAGGAUGCAGAAACUCACCAACACAGCAAUGGCUACCUUUCUAUUCACUCUAGUAGAAGUGCAUCCUGUAAUAUGAGCUUCAAAGAACAAUCAUUGGAGGGGGCAGAAAGGGAAAUUUUGUGUGUGAAACUGAAACGGGAUCCGGCAUAUGGACUAGGAUUUAUGAUUGUUGGAGGAGAGAACAUUGGGAAGCUUGAUCUAGGAAUUUUUGUAGCAUCAGUUAUUCCUGGUGGACCAGCUGAACGUGAUGGGCAAAUUAAAACUGGUGGACGUUUGAUUUCUGUGAAUAACAUUAGCCUGGAAGGAAUGACAUUUAAAAGUGCUGUGCAGAUUUUGCAGACAUGUGGUGAAGAAGCUGAAUUUAUUCUGUCCCAAGAAAAAGCUGCACAUAGUCACAUAAAGAGGCAAAUCUCCAGCAUAUCAUGUGAAGGCACUGAACGGAGCAGUGUUACUUUUGGCACGCACAGUUCAUCAUGUGGAGCUGCUUAUGGUUCAUGUUUUCCAUGUGAUCCAAAGAGUACUGGUACCUAUGGUAUGUUUUGUGGCACAGAGAAUGAGCCACGGGAAGCAUCACAGAGUGAGAAGCCUGAGGAUGCAAUUGGAAGAGAUAGCACUGAAUUAAAGCCAGGUGAUGUGUUCUCUGUGCAAUUGAAGAGAGAUGGUGGGAGCUUUGGUUUCAGUGUCACGGGAGGUGUGAACACCAGUGUCCGGCAUGGUGGAAUAUACAUAAAAAACAUAAUUCCUUUAGGACCUGCAAACUUGAAUGGACAAAUCAAGAAGGGAGAUUGUUUGCUUGAAGUUAAUGGAGUUCAUAUGCUUGGAUUCACCCACCGGCAGGCUGUAGAAUGUAUCAAAAAUGCUGGAGAGUUGUUGACUGUAGUCCUACAAAGAGGAGGCGAUUUGGAAAAUACAGCUUCAGGAAGUGCCUAUGAAUUUCCAGAAUCUACAAGGACCACACCAAGCUUCUGUGAAUCCAGCAGUAAAUUUUAUGUUUCUAAAGAAAAUACCUUUGAGGUGACUCUAAGAAAGAAUUUGGGUGGAUUGGGAUUCAGCUUUGUACAGACUGAAACUGGUGCAUCUGGGAGAGUUGACAACAUCAUAAGGAUAAAAAGGCUGUUCCAGGGCCUACCGGCACAGGAGAGUGGACAGAUCGCAGCUGGAGAUGUCUUGCUUGCUGUGAAUGGACAGUCUACCCAAGGAAUGAAUUAUAAGGAAGUUGUGCACAUUUUGCAUGGAGCCCCCACUCAGGUGACUCUUUUACUCUGCCGACCAGAAACAGGGGCCCUUCCUGAAAUAGAUUUUACUGCACCGACUCCAAUGCCAUCCCCUGUGAGAGACAUUCUAAGAAUUAGGUCACCAGACUAUGACCUGGAUAAUGCAGCAAGUGUGGUAUCAGAAAGGGACAAGGACAGUUAUGAAGCCAUAGACACAAGGAGACUGCCCUCCCUUAUGCACUCUACACUUACUCCAUCCUUGGAGACGAUGACUGCACUGGCACAGGCUGUCCGACUAAACUGUUAUUCCAUUUGUGAACAGGAAUCACAGAACAGCAGCAUAGAUAACAGAGUUGGGGGAGAUGGAUUGGAAGAAUGUCAGAUAUUCAGUGAUGAAGAGUAUCUUACUAUAAGUUCUACAUCUAUCACUCCUCCUUCUUGGGGAGAAGUUUUGGAUGAACAGACAGCUGUUUAUGAUCCACCACAGCCACGUGCUCUCAUCCCUCUUCCAGAAUCCUGUGCAUCUCCAGAGUCUAGUGAAAGUGAGAGUGAAUGGGAAGAUUUAGAAGAAAAUGCUGAUGCAGAGGAGGAAGGCAUUGUCUCACAUGGCCUCCACAAAGAGAAAUCAGUGCCCUUGCAGUUGCGUACAUUUUCACCCUCAAGUUGGUAUCAUCAACCAACUACCUCAAACAGAAGAUUUAAAGUUCCCUCUCCAACAAGACGGACUCAUAUUUCCUCAACUGCCAUAAGAUUGAAAACCCAUUCUCCAACCAGAAAUAUAACCCUUUCCUCCCCAACAGUCAAAGUUUCCCCUCCUUCCUUAGAAAGACAACAUUUUCAGUGUUUUUUAGAUCCUGCAUCUUGCACCCUGCAGUUGCCAUUAGCUUUGCAGAAUUGCAGAACCUAUAGUGAGACAAAUAAUGGGGUCAGUAUGUUACAUCAUAAGUCAGCUGAUGAAGCUCAGACUGAUUUAAACACAUCUAAUAAUACAGUUGAUCAAUACAGUUGCCAAUCUACACAACAGUCAGAAAUAAAAGACUUGCUUUACAGCUCUACGUGUCAGUCAAAUGACUAUAACAGUGCACUCCAUCAAAGCAUUCAGUAUGAAUUAAAUAAUAAUUUAAAAACUAUAAAUAAUAACUUUUUGGACCGCUCAAAUAAAAAUAAAGAACACACUGAAUCUUCUGAUAAGUCAGAUGAUCUGAAGAACAUAUUGCUUGGUGACCCUCCAGAACAAACAUUUGACAAAACACCUAUUUUAGAACACACUUGGUCUGAUCUUCAUGCUACUGAAAAUGAAGAAACAAAUCACUUUCAAACUGAACUGCCACAUGAAGAAAUGCCAGAGAAUCAAUGGAAGAAUAACAGAACACAACAGGAAUACAUACAAGAGAAGCUCAGUAUUAAUACAAACAAAAAACAAAAAGUGGAUUUAUCACAACUGGAUUGUCCCACCAUCCAAAACCCUUGUAAUUGUGCACUAAAUGAGGACAGUCUUCUGAAAAUUGACUUGGAAAAGCCAAGCAGUGGAGGUUUGGGGUUCUCAUUGACCGGCAGCAAGAAUGGAGGAAUGUUCUUAAUCAAAGCACUAAGCCCUGGCAGCGUGGCAGCCAUAGAUGGGAGGCUGCACAUGGGAGAUGUCUUAAUAAAGGUGAAUGGACAAGAAUUAGCAGGACUUACGCAUGAAAUGGCAGUUGGCAUAAUUCGUGAGGCCAAAGGACAUGUACAUCUUACAGUACAGAGAAGCAUCACACAGUGCAAUUCUGUACUUGAAAGAGAUGAUCGGUGGCUCACACCAGACACGAAAAACCAAGGGCAGGAUAUAUCAGAUGCAUCAGUGGAUUAUAUUCAUGCGCAAGACAACAAUGCCUUUCAAAUGAAGUCUAAAUCAUGCAGCAGCAUCCCUUUAAAGAAUGGCAAUGACUUAUCAAAUUGUGACAUCAUGGAGAAGGAAAAUGCUCUGACUUCUUGUUUUGGCUCUUUGUUAAUCACUGAGGAGGAUUUGCAUUGUCUGCCUGUAAAUAAGCAAUUUUCAGAGACUGAUAUCCAAGGUCUUGUCUUUACUGCACAGAGAGUUAUUCAGGAUCAAGAUCUUUACAAAGAGUUUUUGGCCUUGGAACACGAGAAACCAGCAGACUCAUUUCAUGUGGCUUCUGCACCAGAAAAUCGUAGCAAGAACAGAUACAGAGAUAUCCUUCCAUAUGACAGCACUCGUGUGCGAGUUGGGGAUGAGGGAUACAUCAAUGCAAGUUAUGUCACUGUCCCAGUGGGAGAAAAAAAACUGCAAUACAUCUGCACACAGGGGCCACUCCCAGGCACUGUAAAUUAUUUCUGGCAGAUGGUUUGGGAGAACCACAGUUCCGUAAUCAUAAUGAUGACUCAGGAGAGAGAGAGUGGGAAAGUGAAGAGUGAACAGUACUGGCCAGAGCAAAUUCAAGGAACCUGGGAAGGGGAGAAUCUAUCUUUGAGGUUGGAAUAUUGUAAUGCUUUGCAAGACUUUACUAUCAGAAUUGUGAGCUUAUUUCAAAGAGAGACAGGGGAAAAUAGGCUCAUCACACACUUGCAGUUUACCACAUGGCCUGAUCACAGUACUCCUCAGUCUCCUCAGGCUCUUAUUCACUUUCUUUGUUACUUACGGAGAUUCCAGAAUGACUGGCCUCUGGUUGUGCACUGUAGUGCUGGAAUUGGAAGGACUGGUGUUUUAAUCUGUGUACAUGUAAUACUCACAUGUUUGGAACAAGGCAUAACGUUUCAGAUCAGUGAUAUUGUAAAGACAAUGAGGCAGCAGCGCUAUGGAAUGAUACAAACUAAGGACCAGUACCUAUUUUGUUAUAAGGCUCUGCUGGCAGCACUAAGACUUCUUCCAUACGUGGACCAUAAGGAUCUCUGUAUUGUAGAAAAAUGAAACAGCGUUGGAAUUAUGCCGCACUGAAAUAAAUCAUCUUGCCAAGCUGUAUAGAAAGUUGACUCAUGGUCACUGUGUAGUAGACUAUGUAGUACAAACACAGCAUUGCCUUUUGAAUUGUAGAUAUGAUCACUGCUAAUAUUUCUUAUCUAAUACUGGAAUCAACAACGCCCUGAUGUCACUAAAUUCAUGUGUCAUAAUUCAGAUGUCUCUCCAACAUUGAUGGGGACCCGGAGCUCUAAAUAUAUGCAAUAUUAUUAAUAAUAAUAAUAAUAAUAUGAAAUGUACAUAUAGAAACAUAGUAAUAAACUAUAA